AAUUGACAAGUUGUUGCAACAAACUCUGUAAUAAUCUUGUACCCUGGCCCGAGAGUUGUCAUCGUAUUUGUUGCACAAUUCAGUAUUAAGUCUACAUAGCUACUCUGUUUAUUCAGGAUUCGGAAACGAGGCAUUUUUGGCUGUUAGGGCCUUUGGCUAGCAUGAGGUGACACCAAGUUCAACAUCAUCGACCAGGAGGGAGCAUGGAGGAAGACCGGGAGAGCCAAGCGAAUGAGCUGCUAGCUCUGAGCAGCAUCUUUGAAGAUGAGGAGACCUUUAUGGCUCACGAGGACAAAUCUGGUGGCAGCUUCUACACUGAUGUGGAGCUCCCUUCCGAUUGCACCAUCAAACUCAUUGGACAAAUGGUACAGCAAGCAAGAGCAUUAGGAAUUUUGCUCCGAGGUGAAGACGAUGAAGAGAACAAGGCAAGGUUCAUGCUGGUCAAUCAUCUUCCACCGAUCGAGCUCACCUUCAAUUACCCCAGAGACUAUCCAUCGAAGAGUGCUCCUAGCUUUACUCUCUCCUGCAAGUGGCUGUCUGUGAAACAGCUUAACAAAUUAUGUGAGAAGCUGGAUGAGAUGUGGACUGAAAACCAAGGUGAGGUCAUCUACUGCUGGGCCGACUUCCUCAAGAGCGAGACUCUCAGUUUCCUCAAACUCAGCUCUCCAAUCACCCUGGACACGUCCGAUCUUCCUCGUACAAUGAGACAGAGGUCCCACCUGCCGGGACCAGGAGGGGAUGAUGGCAGGACCCAUCAGGGAGCCGUGGGAGGCAACGCAGGAUCGGACGCGGGGAUUCCCCAAGCCAGAGCGGUGCAGGACAUCGCUGCUUUACCCAAUCUCAUACCGACCAUUGUGAAGUACGACAGGGAUCGGAGAGAAUACAUCUUCAACAAGACGCCCAAUGAAUGCGGGGUGUGCCUUGAAGGGAAGUUUGGUAGUGACUGCAUCAUGUUUGAUGCCUGUGGACAUGUGUACUGUAAAGAUUGUAUGAAGGAGCAUUUCAGCGUGAAGAUCAGGGAUGGCGAUGUGAAAGGAUUGUUGUGUCCAGACAUAGAUUGCGAAAGCGUUGCUCUACCCUCACAGGUGAAGGCGCUAGUCGAGCCCGAAUUGUUCGAGAAAUACGACGCAGCCUUGCUCGACCUCUCAUUGAGCGAGAUGGGAGACAUUGUAUACUGCCCUCGUAAGAGCUGCGAGACUCCCGUGGUUAAAGAGGGUAAUAUGGGACAAUGUACUGUGUGUGGACUGGCGUUUUGUAUCCUCUGCAAGACUACGUACCACGGGUUAGAACCAUGCAAGGUUUCUGAAGAGGAAUACAAAAGGCUCGCAGAUAAUUACGAGAAUGCCACCGAGGAUGAGAAGUCCAUCAUGGAACAGAGGUACGGCAAGCACAACCUUCGUCAAGUCAUUGAGAACUGUAACAGUGAAGAGUGGAUCAGAAAACACAGCAAGAAUUGUCCUAACUGUGAUAGAGCCAUCCAGAAAUUUGACGGCUGCAACAAGAUGACUUGCAUGAAAUGUCGCUGUUUUUUCUGCUGGCUCUGCUUCUUGGUCCUACCGCGAUCCGACCCGUACAGCCAUUACAGAGGAGGAGGCAGAUGUGCCAAUCGCCUCUUUGCUGGUAUGGAAGGGGGAGACAUGGGCGAUGAGGAGGACGAUGAGGAAGAUGAUGAUGUAAUGGAUAUCGUCAACAUUGAAAACUGGUGGCAGUUUGUUGCAUGACAAGUGGAGUGGAUAAUUGAACCUAAUGAACAUGAAGAUAGAUGAGUUGAACAUUGUUACGUGUUGAAGGUGAGAGGUAUUUCAAAGUCCAUCUGUACUAGUUUGGCAAGGAGUGAUUAGACCACCCAGCAAGGUCACUGACAAGUGGCUAUCUCAUCAACUCAGCUCUCAAUUAACAUAAGAAAAGAGG